GCUAAUAGCCUUACUCUUCAGUUGUUGCUUAAUUUGUGUUCUACUCUUCUGUUUGACUGUUUCUCAACCUUAACCUUUCUUUUGGUUUUUCUUUUUGCUCUCUACUAAAUUAGCUAACCUUAACUACAAUGGAGUCCUACUUCCGUCUCCUAUCGAUAUUCGUUGUUCUCUUUGUUGGACUUGGAGUUACAAGUCACGGAGAUUCAUCCUCAGAAGAAUACUGGAAAAAGAUGUUGCCUGAUACUCCUAUGCCUAAAAUCAUCGAGGACUCUUUAAAGUCAGAGGGUGGCACGGGAGUUCAUGUAGGAAGCAAAGGAGUUGAUGUGGAUGUUGGGAAACCAGGCAAAGGACCAGCCGACGUUCACGUUGGCAAAGGUGGAACAUCCGUAGACGUCGGUCCAAAGGGAAAACACGUCUCAGUCGACGUCCACCACAAAGGCAAACCAUCACCUUUUGUUUACCAAUAUGCUGCAACCAAGACUCAGCUCCAAUAUAACCAAAGUGUAGCCCUAUUUUUCCAAGAAAAAGACCUUAAACCCGGAACUCACAUGAACUUACACUUCACCAAAUCCACCAACGGAGCUCCCUUGCUGCCCCGUGAAGUUGCUAAAUCAAUUCCCUUCUCGUCGAAGAAACUACCCGAGAUUUUGAGCCGGUUUCACGUGGAAACGAACUCACAACAAGCACAAGACAUGGAGGAGACUAUCAAGGAGUGUGAAGCCAAGGGCAUCGAAGGGGAAGAUAAAUAUUGCGCGACUUCCUUAGAGUCUAUGGUUGAUUAUGCUACUACUAAGCUAGGAAAAAAAUUGGACACCGUCUCUACUUAUGUAGAGAAGGAUAACAAGAUGCAAAAGUACGAUUUUACGGGUGUCAAAAAGGUACCAUGCAAGCGGGCAAUAAUAUGUCACAAAAUGUUUUUUGCUUGUGGCGUAUAUUAUUGUCACAUGACCGAGACAACAAAACCUUACAUGGUCUCAUUGGUAGCCGCCGAUGGUUCAAAGGUUAAGGCCGCGGCUAUAUGUCACGCUGAUACGUCGAAAUGGAACCCUAAGCAUUUGGCCUUCCAAGUGCUUAAGGUUGAGCCAGGGACUGUGCCCGUUUGCCAUUUCCUUCCCGAGGAUCACAUUGUUUGGGUUUCCAAAUAAGUUAUAUAUUUUUUUAAUAGUAUUUAUUAUAUGUCAUGUAAUUUAAUUUAAUUAAAUUACCUUUGUUAUUUGGUGUGCAUACAAUAAAAUAAAUAGCUCUUGUUUAUUUGGUAAUUUAAUGUGCCUCUUUGGCAUGAUUGCUGUACUUGGCGAUAUGAUGUAAUUUCAUGGAUAUAUAUGUAUGGAUUACAGAUAAUAUAUUUUUAA